UGUGGUGUGGCAUCCACACAACUCUUCCAUAUCUGAGGUUUUAGAAAGAGAAGAAACAAUGUAGGGUAAAUGAGGCAAAUUAGGAGGGAGGAUGGGAACCUAUCUUCCCCAUAAACUAUUCAAUGGACUAAAAGAGGGAAAAUUAUCAUUAAGCAAUCCAGAAAAGAUUCCACUUCAUCUUUAAAUAUGUGUUUUGGCACUAAUCCUGAGUGUUUGGGUCUAGGUAUUUUUUGUGUAUCAAUUUUGCGAUGUGUGUGUUUUGCAAAAAGAAAUGCUCACUGAAACAUCAGGUGUGGUUCAAACUUUUUUGCUAAGCUUCUCUAGCCACUUCUAAAAGCUUGCAUGGGUCUCUGAAAAUAUUCUCUUAGAUUUGAAAACAGUGCUUAAGUUUUAGUGGACAGCUGUAACUUAUAUAGAAAAUUAUUCUUAAACUACAUCACAUACAUUUAUUUCCUCUUUCCCCUACCCCAAAUUUUCUUGCUAAAGUAUUACCUUGAGUUGAAAUAAUUUAGGCAAUUGUCUUGCAGUGAAAAUGAAGGACAGGAAAUGACCUACAAACAGAGCAGGUGGCAUGCUGUCACAUAGCCUAGAAAAAGAGUGAUUAAAUUCAGCUUCACAGAGGAUUAUAUCUGCAGAGCAGGACACUUUAUUCCAUUUUCUGUGUUAUCUACUUUAUGGACUGUGUGUUUUCCAUGUGUAGAUUUAUAUAUUAUUUUGUUGUUUAGAAACUGUUCUGUGGAUUUGGAAUGUUAAUUCUUCAGAUACUAUAGGAUUUAUGUUAUUCUACAGAUGAUUGCAUUUACAGAUGAGGUAGUGUUGUGAAGCCAUCUAUUUAGUGAGCUUACAGGAGUUUCUUGUUCUAAUCCCUGAUGGGAAUUUGAUUGUUUGAUGAAUGUUCCAGAAUUUUGGUUUGUUUGGGGAAAGGGUAGUGCAGAAGUGAAAGCUAUGAUUUCCUGAUCUUAGUCAACAUGUAUUAUUUCACUUCUUUCAUCUGUGCUUCAAAGAUGACUGGUAACACUGGUGUUUAAAGUAGUCUUCCUCAAUGAGGGGAAGACUAGAGUUGUCUUCUCCUAGACAAUUUAAGUCACUUGAGAACAGGCCAAAGAUUUCACUUGUUUGCCAUUCUUGGAAGGAGGAGUGAUUGUGAUCCAGUACUUGUCACUUCUCUGGGGAUCGAAGUGGAGCGGUUUUUUUAUUGCUAUAGGUUUCCCUCAGCAACAGAGCAAGUUGUUCAACCUAGCAUUGCUCUAGUUUUUUGCUUCACUUCUGUCCAGUUUUUAGAGGUUGGGGUUAACUGUGAUUACAAAAUCAUUUUAAGGGUGCUGUGCUAUUUAGCAGGUAGCACGUAGCACUGGGUUUUGAAAUCUUGCUUCUAACUCUACUGCUUGUCUGGUUGACCAUUAACAAAGUUAUUUUCCCUUUUUAACCUGGAAGAGAAAUUGCAGUAGGGCUGUUAUCUUAUAAAAUGUCUAAAAUUUUACUGGUGAGGAGAAAGCCCAUUGUAAUUCAUGAUAGAUGUGAAUUAUGAGCAGAUAUGUCUGGAUAACUUAUUUUAAAGCAAAGAUGGGGUAAAGAGGACUUUAUUCUGCAGUAGAAUUACCAGAGCCUAACAGAACAUCCUGUGUGUAGUUUUGGACACUGCAAUACAAGAAAGAUAUUUAAGCUAUCAGAGAGUGCCCAAAGGAGGGCAAAAAAGAUGAUGGAAGGCCUUGUGGAAAAGCUGUAUGAGAAAUGGCUGAGGUCACUCACUUUGUUGAGCUUGAAGAACAUGAGACUGAGAGGAGACCUCAUUGCAGUUGCAACUUCAUCAUGAGGGGAAGAGGAGGGGCAGACACUGAUCUCUUCUGUGGUGACCAGUGACAGUACCCAAGGGAAUGGCCUGAAGUUGUGCUGAGGAGGUUUAGGUUGCAUAUUUGAAAAAAGUUACUCACUUAGAGGGUGUUUGGGCACUCAAAUAGGCUCCCCAGGGAAGUGGUCACAGCACCAAUCCCUGACAGAGUUCAAGAAGUGUUUGGACAGCACUUUGGGGCAUUAAGUAUGACUCUUGGGGAUGCUGCUGUGCAGGCCCAGGAGUUGGACUCAAUUAUGUUCUCUCUUCUGUGAUCCGAUUCCUUUGUUCUGUUCAAAAACUGAAAUUUACUUGGGAGUACUUUAUUAGAUAUUUUUGUCAUCAAUGCUGUCAUUGAAUUAUUUUAAGAGGCACAUGACUGUAAAUUCUCAUCAAGCAACUUGAAGUCUGAACAAACCUUUUCUCAUUGUUUUCCUUCAUACUUUUGAAAUAGCUUUUCAAAGUACUAGUGUCAAGUUCUUGUCCAAGUAUAAGUAGUAUUUGUCCUUAGAAAUAAAGUCAGUACAGCACAGAAUAUCUAGCAUGUUUCUUGGUGUUGGUAGUUGGGUUUUUUAAACUGAUAACCAUAUGGCAAUGAUGACAGAUUCUUACUUGCUCCUAAGCUAUACGAGGUUGCUAGGGGUUGUCAGAUGACACUUGCUCACAUGAGAGCCAUUAACAGGGUGUUGUAGCCAGUGUUAGAACAACCUUGCAACUAAGGGCGAGUCACUGCAAAAGCAACUAUGCUUUUUUUUUUUUUUUUUAAAGAGGCCAUAUGGUUCAGUCUUGUGACUACAUAAUUGCCAGCUACCUAAAUCACAUACCAGGAAACAAACAUAGCUAAAGUCAAUAUUAGCUGUUGUAUCUGCUGCAGCUUUGCGCCAGGCUUAGAAGGAAAACCUCUGACAGCAGCAAGAACAAGUCCACGAUGGCUUCUGAAACCUGAAAGUCAUGUCUGUUCUUUCUGGAAUAAUUGCAGGACUACAUUAGCUACAGCUGUCCUUUUGUAUUAAUGGCUUAUAGAAUAUAUGAAGAUUCCUUUGCCUUUUUUCUCCCCCAACUGGAAAUUCAGCAGACUGUCUUCCUUUAUUGGGAAGAAAGGUGAUGGUAAAUUACCAUUGUUAAUGGUUGAGCGAUAGUGAAGAAACUUGCUUGAGGUUUUUUCUCUUCAGCAGGUGUUUUAGUUUCUUUGAGGGAGCUUUACAAGAGGACUUGUAGCUAAGAAAAUGUGUGGGGGUACACCAAAAACUGCAAAUGGCACUGGGGGACAAAUAGAAAGAACAAGAAACAACAAUGAUCUCUCUUGUACCAAAUUGGAUGAAAGAAUUAGAAAGUCUUUGAGAGACGAAAGUGUCAGCUGUGCCAACAAAGUGACUAGACUGCUGCAAAACAGCUGGUCCUCUUCAGAGUUCGACUUGAAUGAAAUCCGCCUGAUAGUUUACCAAGACUGUGAGAGGAGAGGCAGACAGGUCUUAUUUGAUUCCAAAGCAGUCCGCAAAAUUGAUGAAGCUGUGGUUCAGAAAAUUGCAGAUGAGGCUUCUGUAAAGACUUCUGCCAAGAACUGCCAAGGAAGCAAUGGGAACAACAGUGUUUCUUCCCAUAGUCCCUCUAUAAGCUGUAUGCAAAAUAUCAAAGAACAGAUACCGAAGUAUCAGUAUACCAGACCAGCCUCCGAUGUCAAUAUGCUGGGAGAAAUGAUGUUUGGCUCAGUGGCAAUGAGCUACAAAGGCUCCACCUUGAAAAUUCACUACAUACGCUCUCCCCCACAGCUGAUGAUAAGUAAAGUCUUCUCAGCCAGGGUAGGAAGCUUCAGUGGAAGCAACAAUAACUUGCAAGAUAGCUUUGAAUACAUCAACCAAGAUCCCGGUCUGGGGAAGCUGAGCUCCAAUCAGAAUGGUUUGGGAACUUGUCGCAGUGGAAGUAAUUUAGGUGUGUUACAGCUGUGUAGCAGCAAAUUGCUGCAGGGUGUGUCUGAAGGAGGUCCCCUCCGGCUCAUCCGCAGUGCUUCUUUCUUUGCAGCACACAGCACACCUGUUGAUAUGCCUAGCAGAGGACAAAAUGAGGAUAGAGACAGCGGCAUUGCUCGGUCAGCAUCCCUGAGCAGUCUUCUGGUUACUCCUUUUCCAUCUCCAAGCUCUUCAUCAUCAUCUUCUAGCAGCUAUCAACGUCGCUGGCUCCGGAGUCAGACAACCAGUUUAGAGAAUGGAAUUAUUCCAAGGUGGUCCACUGAAGAAAUGUUUAGUAUGGCCGAUGAAAGCUGCAGCUCCAAUCCUGCAAUUGUUCGGAGGAAAAAAAUUGCAAUCAGCAUCAUCUUUUCUCUGCCUGAAAAAGAAGAAGCACAGCGAAACUUCCAGGAUUUCUUUUUCUCUCACUUUCCUCUUUUUGAGUCUCACAUGAACAAGUUGAAAUAUGCAAUAGAAAAGGCCAUGAUCUCAUGUAGAAAAAUAGCAGAAUCCAGCCAGAGAGUGCAGGUUUAUAUCAGCCGUGUCAUGGAUGCCCUGGGAGAAUUCAGAGUUACCAUCUGGAACCUAUAUUCUGUUCCAAGGAUUGCAGAGCCUGUGUGGCUUAAUAUGAUGUCCAGCACCCUGGAAAAGAAUCAGCUAUGCCAGCGUUUUCUUAAAGAAUUUACCUUUUUGAUAGAACAGAUCAACAAAAAUCAGUUCUUUGCUGCUUUGUUGACUGCAGUGCUGACAUAUCACCUGGCGUGGGUCCCAACAGUGAUGCCAGUUGACCAUCCUCCCAUCAAGGCCUUCUCUGAGAAGCGCACAUCCCAGUCUGUGAACAUGCUGGCAAAAUCUCACCCAUAUAACCCUCUCUGGGCACAGCUGGGUGAUCUCUACGGUGCCAUAGGCUCUCCAGUUAGAUUGACUCGAACUGUGAUUGUUGGAAAGCGCAAGGAGCUGGUGCAGCGCUUGCUCUAUGUUCUAACUUACUUCAUCCGGUGCUCUGAGCUGCAGGAAAAUCAGCUGACGUGGAGUGAGAAGGCUGGGGAAGGAGAGCAGGUGCUAAAUGGAAGUAAGAUCACAACUGCACUAGAAAAAGGAGAGGUAGAGGAAUCUGAUUAUGUGGUUGUCACUGUUAAAAAUGACCCUGCUCUUGUGCCUCCAAUCCUACCUCCAAAGAAUGAUGGAAGUAAGAACAAUAGUACUGCAGAGUGGGUGCAUGAACCAGAAAGCACUCAGGCUGUCCCAGUCUCUUCAAAAGAAAAGAGGGAAGCAAUAGGAAAGGCCAGUCAGACUUCUGAAACAUCUGUUGACUGUCUAACUGGCAGUUUCUGUAAAGGAGCAGCUGAUGGUAGGAAAAGAACUGUCACUGAUACAGGAAUUGUAUCCUACCACUCUGAAGAAUCAUCUAAAUUAGAGGAUGUAGUGGAUGUAAAGAAGAACAAGAACCAGAAUGAGAGAAAAGUGGAAAAGCACUUUUCUAGUAGGUCAUCUGCCCUGCCUUGUCCUGAGAGGUCUGGCCACAGGAGUUCACACUUAGAAAAGGUCACGUUUCAGAUUGGAAGUUCAGCAUCACCAGAAUCAGACUUAGAAACUCAUAGAAGAGAAAUGGAAGAAAAUCUGAAGGCAUUAAUUAAAAAUCCAGAGGUGACACAUUGUGCCUCAAGUUCCACAAAUCUGACUGUGGAUGCUUCUCAGAAUCAAGAAGACAGUUGUGAAGCUGCCUUUAUGCCCAUCAGUAAACAUAAUGUUUGUUAUGCACAAAUCCCACCGUGUGAGGAUAAUGAAAGUAUACUUAACCAACAUAUGGAAAGUAAAGGAACUGAAGUGAAUUUAAUUAACUCAGUAUCUAGUGAACUGCUUUUGCCCACAGAUAACAUAGAAACUGUAAAAUUGCCAAACAUGAAAGAAAAUAGAACUUUAUGCUCUGGCAAUAUGGAGAACUAUUCUUCUGACUGCGUAGAAGCAGAUUCUGCUGUCAAACAGGAUUCCCCUAAAGUGGGUGCUAAAGAUGUCCCCUAUGGGGAUUCUGGAAGGAAAACCUCCUUCAGAGUUGAAGGGGACAUUCCAAGGAAUGAGAGUUCAGACAGUGCUCUUGGAGCUAGUGAUGAAGAAGGUGAUUGUUGUAUCCCUGAUGAAGUGCAUCAAAAUAACAUUGGCAAACGGCUUGAAGAAUUUGCAGAAGUGGAACUUCCUUUGCCAAGGUCAAAUACCAUCAGCAGUCAAUGUGUGAAAAACUUUGGAAGAUCACUUCUGGGUGGUUACUGUCAUACAUAUAUACCUGAUCUAGUGCUGCAUGGAAUAAAUAAUGAUGAAAAACUCAAGCAGUGUCUACUAGCAGAUCUACUUCAUGCAAUGCAUCAUCCAGUGCUAGAUGAGCCCAUAGCAGAAGCUGUCUGCAUUAUUGCAGACACAGAUAAAUGGAAUGUACAAGUAGCUACAAGUCAGAGGAAGAUGACGGACAGUGUGAAGUUAGGCAAGGAUGUUCUGGUUUCAAGUCAAGUAUCCAGUCUGUUGCAGUCUAUUUUACAGCUUUACAAACUCAACGUCCCAGCUGACUUUUGCAUAAUGCAUCUUGAAGAUAGACUGCAAGAGAUGUAUCUCAAAAGCAAAAUGCUUUCAGAAUAUCUGCGAGGACAUACAAGAGUGCAUGUAAAAGAGCUAGGAAUUGUAUUGGGGAUUGAAUCCAAUGACUUGCCUUUGUUGGCUGCUAUAGCAAGUACUCAUUCCCCAUAUGUUGCUCAAAUACUCUUAUAAAUUAAAUUCUCAGGAUAGUCAUUCCCUUAAAGUACAAUUAUGAAAAUGGGAAUGUUGAAUGAAGAACAGAGGUGCCAAACACUGGUAAAGGGGAGCACUGAUGAAAGCAGGUGAUGACUGUACAUUCUGCCACCUUCUGAUUCUGAUUUCAACUGGAUGUUUUUAUCAGAGGACUUCAGUUUACAUAACACAAAAGGCAUUCAGGUUUUUCUUACAAUCUCUCUUCUGACUUAAAUCAAGAGACUGCAUCCUUGCAUUUUAUUUUUAUUCAAAGGACAAAAGUUAACACUAUGUGGCAGACUGGGUUCUGCCAUCCAAAACGCUGCUCAAAACCAUGAAGUACCAGUUAAAAGAACAAGUGGGUUAGAGUGGAUUUCGUAAUACUGUGCUUGUGAGUGUGGUGUGGUGUAUGUUUCUUUGCUGGGGAGGAGGAGGAGUAGCUGUUAACUCUGUAUAUAGCAUUCCUAUACAAAAGUGUAUUUGGUGGGACAUGAUUUUCUUGCAGAACUUACGUGUGGUUUUGUAGAAGUGAUGGGCUCAGAACAAGGAACUUGGAUUCAGCAGCCAGAUGUCAUGUGGGAAUGGAGGUGUGUGUGAGGUUGAUGUGACUUUUCCUUUUAAGGGGAAGAGGUUGAGAGCUGUGGCUGCUUCUGUUUUAAUGAGGAGGCAUUCAAAUGGGCCCAAUGGCUACAAGUGAAAUGGAAUGGACUUCUGAGAGAGGGAUUUUAUGGGAAAGCCUUAUGGAACUUCUGCUACAAGUUUACAUUUGUUGCUGAUGCAACUUCAGUAGCUGUUGAUUUGCUGUAUGACUUUGGUCCUGGGAACUAAACUUUUCUUGGUGUCAUCAAGAAUUGCUAUCUCCAAUGAAUUUGAAAAACUUCUGAAUGAUGCCAGUGCUGUGAGCGUGUGUCCAUGUGCACAUAUACCCAACAAUUGGCGCAAACUGAAGACAAUCGUAUUGGGGAAAAACAAGACAUCAAACAACCCCCACCAAACCUUUGGUCAAAAAUAUUACUUUUUUCCAGCUAUGAGUUGUCAUUCUGGGUAGGAAUAAAAGAGGAACGUUAUUUGAAGUAAAAUGAAAUGUGGGGGAAAACCCCAAUAUUUGAUAUUACUCUGAAUGUUUGCAAUUGCCCUUUUUGAUUUUACAGAAAUCUUGAACUAUCAUCCAGGUGCCUUUCCUUACUAGGUUAACUACUCUGACACCAGGAACUACUUCUCCACUAGUUGAUAUUGGCCUUUGGUGUUUCUAGAAAGCAAAAUAAAAUUUUGUACUUCACGGUUUUCACGUGGUUGAUUAAAAUGAAUGUAAAAAUACUUUUUUUUGCAUAAAGCACUGUUAAGCUGGAUAUGAAACUAUGGACCAGACUGAAGAGAGAACAAAGGAUCAAAACAUUCUUAAAUGGAAAACUCAAUGUUGGACCAUUCUGUUGUGAGCCACUGUGAAUACGGUGUCUGAAAUUGUCAUCUUGCAAGCAUAUUUCUGGCAACACAAUUGCUUGAAAAUAGUAAAUUCUAAUAAGAAACUCCUGGUCACCAGUUGUGAGUUCUCCUUGUUGAUGGUUACAGAUUUUUAACACUGAAGGGACACACUUUUAUUAAAAGUGGUUUUAUUUCCUACUACCUUGGUGUUUGGACUUUUCUACAGUAAACUUUCAAUGAUUUGAAAUAAUGAAAUGUGCUUAUUGUGAAUUGUUUAAAUGUGAUGGGGUCUUGAUUAACCUUGUGUUACUUUUUGAGGGAAAUAGGUAGACUGGCCUACUGUGAAAAGAGGUUUCCACGUGGAGGGAUACUUAAUAUUCUGAUGCAACACUACUAAAGCUGUUCCUUCUAUGCUGGUUUUCUGACCUAACAUUCCAAAUGUUUCUUUUAUUGCAUUUUCAUAUUUCUCCCUAGUAUUCUGCCUAAAAAGGCUAAAAUCUUUCUAUGGUUCAGGUUUUUUCUUCCUGCUUUAUAGCUAAGCAAACUUUUCAUAUCUUUGGUCUGUGAAUCCUAUCUGCUGGAAAGUAAAUUUACCUCUGCAUAUGGCUUUUAGCAGAUACCACUUUCUAUUUCACAAGGUUAAAACAAGGAACGAACCAUAAAGCAAGUCACGUAUUCCUAAACUACCCUCUUGAUGGAGAAUGUGUGUGUGCAUGUGUAAGACUAUGAAACUGCUUCUGAGUGUAUAUAGAAAUCCUCAUGUACUUUCUCUAUUUCAUGUCACUCUUAAAUAGUAGCUGACAUCAUUAAAAGUCAGUCCAGUUCUUUUAAAGUGGGUUUUUUUAUCUGAACAGACUCUGACAGUUCUUCAAAGAAAUAUAUGCUAACUUAAAGAUGUGCUUUUGUUGUCACAGGGUUUGCUAAAGAGGACAGAGAUCUGCAGACAUUCAGUGAUUUCAAGAUUAAUGCCAUAAUCAAUAAUAGACCUGAUUUUUACCACAUCAACUGUUAAAAAAUAAAUCUGCCUUUGGGCAAGACAUCAGUUAAUUUUGUGGUGGCAUGUGAGCCAAUGGUCAAAAGCACUUGAAUUUUCUUCAGCCCAGGCUAAAACUUCAUGGUUCUUGCUGCUUUCUCUAACAUUUUGCUGCUCUUCAGAAAUUACACAUUGAACUAUUUUAUUCUCACAGUUUUAGUUUUGGGGGAAAGAAAAUUCAAAAUGAAAGCUCUUUAUUAUCUUUAAAAGGCUUUAGACUAAUGGAAGCUAAUUACAUAUUUCCCCUCCACCAAAUGUACUACCUCAGUUGACAGGAUUCCACUUUCUAGGGCUUUUUUUGACUCGAAGUCUUUAACUUGUUUUUGGUAGCAUCUUGAUGUUUAUGUAAAUUGGUGUGGCAUGACAGGGCAGUAAGUAUUUACAGAUGUGUUCUUUAGACAUUUUUAGGGCAUGUUUCUGGUUUUAUUUUAAUAGGAUGAAAAGUGAUAUGAAUGUACAGCUGUGUUGAAAAUUGAUAAUGUAGCUUAAUUUUCAAAUAUUCUAAAGUUGUUUUUAUCAGUAUUAUGUAGGUUUUUUGUAAACUUAAAUACAUACUUUCUUGGUUAGGUGGGAGUGCACAGUCUUUCCAAAAUCCCACAUAAAUGUGGUUUACAUACUGAAAUUUAAAGAAUGUAUGCUGUUUUCAGGCAAGACUAAACACAGGGGAGGAAUCAACUGCUAAAUUGUAGAAUUUAGUUGAAAUUAAUUCUUUAACCCCAAACAAUACCAAGAUUUGAACAUUUUUAUUUAAGUAGGUACUCUCUGAACUAAUCUGUACAACUUUCUUUUACUCCCAAAAAACUAACAGACACUGAUCCUGUAAUUCACAUUUCUGAUGGCAUCUUCCAAAAUUUUAGAUUGAUUUUCUCCACUCCAUAUUAUAAGCAUCGUUGCUCUUAAAGUCAAAACCUCUUUUCAGAUGCAUCAAACUCUUGUAUAUAAGGUUUAUGCAAAAUGAUCCCUUACCCUUCAAGGAUAACUUCUACUUCAAUUAAAAGGACCCAAAUAAAAACUAAGUCUGAACUACUGAAUUUAGUCUAGACAAAUUCCUUUUUUUUUUGGGGGGGGUAGGGUGAGGGUUGGAGGUCAAAUGAAGUAAUUUGACAUACAUGGCAAGUUUUCCAUUGUAGAAAAGUGUGUGUUGCUAUUGCAUGUUUGGAGAACAUAGGCUUUUUUAGGAAUGACUGAACACCAAUGUCAAACUACAUGUUUUUUUUCUUAUAGUUGUUUAUGUACACUAUCAUUUUGGUCAAUUUCUUUGUGGCAUUUGGUGCAAUAAACUUUCUGAAAUCAA